AUGUCACGCCUGGCUGCUUGUGAAGCCUGCAGAAAGGCUAAACUGGCAUGCGACCAUCAGCUGCCCAUUUGCACGCGUUGUAGUGCUAGCAAGGGGAUUUGCAUCUAUAGGACUACGCCCUUCAAGCGGAGAAGAGUCGAGAAGCAAAGCGUGAAUCCACCAGAUAAAUCGCCAUUAUUUAAUCCAAGGCGUAAUCCAUACCCAAACCCUGGGUAUCUAGGAUCAUCUAGCCAUGCAGCUAUAUUCAAGCACAUCACUCCGGACGGAGACCAUGGCCCCGGUAGUCAUCAAGUCGCACCAGAGGAUCUGCACUCGGAUUUCUUUGGGGACAACCAUCUUGUCCUACAGGGUGCAGAUAUCCUCAAACAUCUCUUGACAACAUAUAAGUUGUCCGCCAUGAAAGACCUCGUCAUGUUCUGGCUAGCUAAAGGAGCCAAUCUGGCCCUGGCAGAGCCCUUUGUUGACCAAUGUGCCCAGAGCGUGAGCCAAUUGUUCACAUAUCAUGACGACAACUGGCAUCUAGUCUAUGCAAGACGUCUCGUGCAGAACUCGGCCCUACCGCUACACUUCAAUGAUACCUCUGACCUGGCUAGUUUCUCGGCUCAAUUUUUGGAUCACAAUUCUCGCUGGGAAACGUUGGGGAUAUUCUUUGCCGCUGUUAGUCGUGCGACAGUUGACAUCGCGUUCUUUCCGUCUCUAUAUACUACUGAGCAAGAGCAGUACACACUCCGAAGAUUGUGUACUAAACUUUGUGAUUUUGCAUUGGAGAUAUCUCUCUCUUUAGAUUGCUUGAAUGAUCUACAAUUGAUCAUGCAAUACGAGAACUUUAUCGUCCAUUCCUACGUGGAUGGAGAUCAGAGCUACCAUUCCUGGCGCAAACUGGGCGAUGCAAUAUCUUCCACAUUUGCCCUUGGCUACCACGAGAACAUCGAAAUUAAAGCAGGAAUCCCGCCAUUCCUCAAAGAAUUGCGCAAAACAGCCUUCGCGCGUAUAUACUCCGCAGACAAGAAUAUAGCAAUAUUCCUCGGCCGCCCACCACGAAUGAACAAACGCUUCUGUCACUUUCAAAUCCCAUCCUGCAAGAAUGCAAAAGAAGGCUCAGCCGACUGGACCCCAGACGCGGAACCCGGGUACCGGGCUGACACGCGGUGGUCUGCACUGUGCGCAUCACUAAAGGAGGAGAUAUGGGAGCUUCUUCAAGACAAGCAUGAUCCAUCAUGUGCGCAGCGAGCAAGUGAUAUACAGUGCCAAGCAGAGACGCAGUGGCAACAACUGCCAUCCCACUUCCGACUCGAGAGCAGCCUAAAGAAUUGUACACAAGGAUCCUUCGAGCGAGACUUCGUCGCCGGUGUACGACUGCACCACUUGCAUGUGCUAUUCUUGCUUCGUCUUUUGCUUCUUAAAUCACCGACUGAGCCCGAUCUACCGAUCAUCGAGACGGCGGGUCAGAUGCUCACGCUCGUUGUGGAGAUUAUUCUGCUGCGGGAUCAGCUCACUAAUUCUGGGACGGGUCUUAUUUGGAAGGUCGCAUACUACGGUCUCCCCGCUGCGGGGAUAAUGCUUCUGGCCAUGUUGAAACAGCAUAUGCCACGAGCGCACCGUACACGGUCGUUACAAGAUCUCAGUGUGUUUGUGGCGGAGGUUCAGAUCGGCACGAUUGUAAAAGCAGGGGACCCAAAUUACCCAUUGCUUUCUAAGGCUACGCGGACUAUACAGCGUUUUUUGGACUCAACACAUUCGGACCCAGCGCAGCCUUUGCCUGAAAUGACCGAGGUUGAGGGGAAUGAUGAGUGGGCGGCGUUAUUGAGUCAGGAUUUGUGGGAUUUUGAGGCUGGGUUUUGGCAGAGUUUGGCGGAUCAUCCGUCUUUGAUGGCGAUUGAGCCUUCUUUGCCGUCUGUCUAG